UGGCCCUGUUCCCGUCGUCUAGCGAGAUGGCAUAACGAACCCUUGAACACGCAAGCACGUUAUCUGGUGUCAUUCGAAGCCAUGUAGGUACAAUAGGUGAGAGAUAUACAUGCUUGUGGUAGAGAGAGGUAAGCAAGCAAAGCAAGCUUCGAAAGGUUAGGUCUAUCUAUCUAUCUUUGUCCUUGCGGCUAUUUACCCCUCCUUUGUCCUCCUCGAGCUUCGAUAGCUCUUCCCGAUCUCCCUCCCUCCGUAUUCGCACUUUUCGUACGAUUUCACUUAGUUUGUUACCUCUUUUCUCAAUUUCCAUAUAUAUGAAUGAGAAAGGCGUGGUGAGCACAAGCGUGGCUUGAAGAAGAAUGGCUUCACGUUCACUUACGACGGCGCUCUUAGCUGCCGGCCUCUCGCUCGUAAGCGAGUCCCUGGCCCAAUCUGCCAACGAAACCGUCUGGGCUUCUUUUGCGUACGUCUUCUACGGCGAGCGCACGCCUUUCCUCGGGGACCUCGUCUCCAGCUUGACGCCGCUCGGCGCGCAGCAGCUCCAUUCUCAGGGGUCGCUGUUCAGAGCGCGGUAUCUGUCUAAUUCCAGCUUGUCCGAUGAGGAUAAUGCUAUAACGACGAAUUCGCCGAUCGUCGGCUUGGAGCGGCAGGCUAUUGAUAAUAGCCAGCUGGCUGUCUUCAGCGCCACAAAUGAUUACGUAGUUGGAGGUGCCCUGGCUUUCUUGCAGGGUCUUUAUCCGCCUGUUACUCGGGCUUUUGCUGAUAAUAAUGGCGGUGCUAAUGCGUCGACAUUGGCUAACGGUACGGUGGUGAACUACCCUCUUGGUGGUUACCAGUAUCCUAAUAUUCGGACCGUCCCCAGCACAGAUCCGAAUUCUAUCUGGCUCGAGGGACAUGCGACGUGUACGGAGUACUGGUCGUCGAGUCUCGACUUUGAGAACAGCGACGCGGUGCGGAAGAUGUACAAUUCCACGUCUUACUUCUACGAACGGACGUGGGAAGAGGUAUUCCCGAAUACGCUGCCGAAUACUAUGCUCAAUUACGGCUAUGCGUACGACUUAUACGAUUACGCCCAAUACGCGUACGACCACGACGAGUCAGUGCACGAGACUCUAACUGAGGACCGUCUGGCGGUCCUGCGUAGCUUAGCCAACAGGCAGCAAAUCGGCCUCAACGCUGACUUGUCGGCGUCCGGGUCUCGCCGGGGGGACAUGAUCCGGGCGAUCUCGGGGCGCACGCUCGCGGCCAAGGUGGUAGCGCAGCUCCGCACGCACAUGAACUCGGGCGGGUCCUCGAACAAGCUGACGCUGAUGUUCGGGUACUUCGAGCCGUUCCUCGCCUUCUUCGCGCUGGCCGACCUGGUCGACGUCUCGGGCACGUUUACGCAGAUCCCCGACCCGGGCGCUGCCAUGGUCUUCGAGCUGUUUACCACCACCGACGCCGACGGCGAUUCCGCCGCGUACCCGCGCCAGGACGCCGCCUGGGUCCGGUUCCUGUACCGCAACGGCUCGGGGCCCGGCAGCGACGUCCCGCUCACCGAAUACCCGCUGUUCGGCCGUAGCCACGCGGAGACGCGCAUGACGUGGGCGGACUUCCAAGCCGGCGUCGACAAGUUCGCGGUCUCGGACCUUGCGGACUGGUGCAGCACGUGCCAGUCCCUGGCGCUGUUCUGCAGCUCGCUUAGCGGCAGCUCGGGGAGCUCGGACGGCUCUUCUUCUUCGGGCAAUAGCCGUGGACCUGUCCAAAACAGCAGCAACGCUGCCCUGUCCCCCGCCGUUGCAGGCGUCAUCGGCGCCGUGGCUGCGGUCGCGGUGCUCGGGCUCGCGGGCGUAUCCGGCUUCGUGUUCGGUGGCUUGCGUGUGCGGCGGCGCGGGGGCCCGUCGGAAGCGGCUCGGCGUCGCAGCAGUCUGGGCGGGUUCAAGGGCGCGGAGAAGAUGGCGUCGGACCACGACGUUUCCGUUGUCAAGAGCGGGGCUCGGCACGAGCGCAUGGGGAGCUGGGAGCUCGGUGGGCCGUCUGCGAUUGGGAAGGUAGCGGUCCCGGCUCCGGCUCCUAAUAGCGGUGCCUUUGCUGCGUCUAUUAGGCGGGAUGUAAAGGACGACGAUGGAGAUAGCAUUCUAGGAGCGUCGCCUAUAGACCCUGUCGAGCAUGUCUAGGGGAUGCCUGGGUCCUGGGAUCAGGCAAGUAGAAUGGCCCAAGGAGUGGCACUUGAUGGUCCCGGCAUUCGUUUCAUUUUAUCUUCCCUUCUUGGUCGGUUAUUCUUAUUCUCUACAAUCAUUGAUACCCAAAUAUCAUAGAGGCUUGGGGAUCGGAUCGCGUGUUGGUCUUGGAAGAAUAGUCUGGGGAUAUACUUUUUUUUUUGUUAAUUCUUCCUAGGCGUUAUAUAUAACAGGUGAGUACCUGCUUCGGUGAGAAUUGAUACCCUUUCCUUCUUUACGAUCGCUACAGGGAGUUGAGAAUUAGGGGCUUCGGUUCGGUUUAGGUUAGAUAUUUUUA